AGUGGUCGCGGCGGUAGCGUUGCCAAUGGUGGGGACGGUGGUAACACCCGCAAAGGUGAUGGCGGUAACGGAGGUGCCGGAGGAAUCGCCAAACGCUCCGAUUCCAUCUUCUCCCUUGUAGCCCGCAAGUUCAGCCUCAUCAGCGGUGGGCCUGCUAUCUCUUUCGGCGGCAACUCUCGCGGCGGCGAUGUCGGCGAUGCUGGCAACGGCGGUAACGGUGGCAGGAACGGUGGCUCAGGCGGUGGCUCUGUUAUCAACACCAAGAACUAA